GGGGAGACAGGCUCAUGGCGGACGUCAGUUUGAGUCGAUACCUUGUUUGAUUCGUAUCUUCAUCCCGAUGACCGCUUUAAGGCGCAUAGGAUGCCGACUUUCCUCCUUCUACUCCUCGGACUAACGGCAGGAUGCGUCAGGACCCAGGAUAGUAGUGAGGGAAUCCCCGCAGCGGUCGCCUCUCCCCUGAAGAAAGGCACUGGUGGGCUAGGCGACCCCUGCGAGGAUCGUUGUGGCCGGGGGACCCACACCACCUGCGACAACAAGACGAGGCUAUGCAAGUGUGACAAGGACCAUCCCGUCGAAAUUGACCACCAAUACUGCGCCAAGCCUGUACUACUUGGUAAUCCUUGUAUCCAUCAUGAUCAGUGCAUGUAUCAUGAAAUACAUGCUGUUUGCCAAGAGUACUCAAUUAAUUUUACCGAGUGUCAAUGUCGCAACAACUACGAGGUCAGGGUCAUCCAGGGUCUUGCCAUUCCCAAGAUCUGUGUUCCCGAUUUAGACUCCCUGAAGCCAGAUGUUCCCACACUACUAGGUCUGGGUCUAGGCAUGUCCGUGUUGUCCGCACUCAUCUGUCUUGUGCUCAAGAUUUUUGCCCGUGCCCGUUUUGUACGCCCACGUCGUUAUGCAGAUGCUCAUAUUAAUCCACCCCUCACGGUCUCUGAAACAUAUGCUGCCUUUGCCUUGGCUGCCAAUGCGUCGACGAGCAGCAGUCCGGCAAGGGGUAGAAACCACUCUCUUCGUUCCUCAACCAAAUCUGCUUCCUCAUCCAGGAGACCCUCGUAUAGUUCCCUCCAAGGCAUACGCCCAGGCACAAGACGGUCUUCGCAAGCUUCGCUACGACUGGUCGUUGGAGAGGGUCGUGGAGAGCCGAUUGGAUACUACGUGUGCAUUAGGGAUCCCGCCUCCGUUCAUUCUAGAGCAGGCUCCAGACGCCCCUCUCAGGCCUCUGUGGCAUCAAGCUCUGGCGAUCUUCGGGAAGGCCGUGUUCAUCAUUACCUUUACAUGAGGGCACCAAAUUACUCCCUUAACUCUGAAACAAACACCACUACCACCGGCACCUCCGAUUCCUCUCCACGAACCCCAAAAAGUACAGAACAGCUUUUGGCUGUUUACCAUUCUGUUCCUGAGCACUCGGUCCUGGAGCUGGGUGGUGUUGGGUCCUCACACACCACCUCCACCCUUGGGUCUUCCAGUGAUGAUGUCUUUAAGGAAGAAGAUGAAGAUGAGGAGGAGGAGGAGGAGGAUGAAGAAGAAGAGCAGCGGCAACAAGAAGAGGCUAAGGCCAGGCUCAUUGUAUAGCGUGAUAGAAGAGGAUUACAAACCAGAGGGGACACUAACUGAAGGCAGGCAAGAGGGCAAAUGCAGUGAUAUCAAAAAUACUGUCCUAAUGUGAAAGUAAUAAAUAUUAAGCAUGCAAAAGAUAAACUGUUGUUGUAUGCAUGUAUGGGACAGUUACUAUUAUGUACAAAUUACUUCAAAAUUGCUCUUAACACAUAAAGGCAUGUGAAUUUAACAAUUUAAAUAAAAGCAAUGCUAAACUAAUAUACAUAAAAAAUUAUCUUAUCACAUCUUUCAGAUAUUUAAUAAUUUUGUUAUAAAAAAAUACAUGAGUCUCAUUCAUAAAAAGUAUGUCACAAUAGCAUUAUUGGAUGGCAGUACAGUACUGUAUUUGCAUUUAGGUCCUGGGCAUUUCUUGUAUGAAGUAUGAAGCAAUAAAAUUUAUUAAACUGUUUGAAUUAUUGUUAAAUAUAUCUGUUUAUAUUCAGUUUUUAUUUUCAUGAUAAUAGAGAGAGUUUAUUUAAAACUAUUAUACUGGAAACUAUAUAGAUAUGAGGAUUUUGACAAUUAUAUCCUAUUACUAAAGGAUACCUGGGAAAUACUAAUCAUUUUCUCACGAUGGCAUUUAGGUCUGUAACAUUUUCAGCAAAAAUAUGAAGUGUUGGAAUUUAUAUAAGAGCAUAUUUACAGUAUGCAGAAAUAUGUGAAAUGUCUACAGUAAACUAUGAGAGUUACUAGUGUGUAAGUGCCAGAAAUGAAGUACCAAACAGUAUAAGUGGUGGUUAAUUAUGGAUUAGCACUACAUUUUUCAAGUUUUACCCUUUAAUUAAGAGUUGAAAUAAAAUAAAAUAAUAUCUUGAAGUUUUAGGUAGAAUUUAAAACUAAACUAAUUUGGUAUCAGUUAUGCACAGAACUUGGUGACAAUAACAUAUUAACAAAAGUAAAAUUGUAAUUCACCAAUUGUCAUUUAAUAUAGAAUAGAUAGUAUAGAUGUGCCAAAUUUUGUGUGAUAUUGUAGAUCUUCCUAAUUUUAUCCAGGUAAAUGAGGAAAAUAAUUGCUCUUCCAUUCUCAAAAUUGUGAAGCCUUUUAGAGGAAUGAUAGACAUGCAUCUUUUAGAAUAUACACUACUGUAAAUUGUGUUGAAUUAGAUUGAGAGAUAAUACUGUAGACAAGUAAAAGAUUUAGAAUAAAUAGUCAUGUGAAAGGCACUUACAUAAGGCUUCAAUUUUUUUUUAUUGUUUUGGGCUACUUAGAAUGCAAGGCAUUACCUAAGAUCAAGGCUGAUAAAAAUAUACCUUAAACAUCUUACAAAUAAUGCAACGAUUUAGGGACGAAUUGUACGUACCUGCAAAAUAUUAUUGUAAUAUAGAAAGUGUACAGGCAAGAUAGUUAAAAUUUCCAACUUUUAAAAAAUCAUGUUUCUUCUAUUUAGACAAAAUAUAUUUAAUACAACUACUGUUUUAACUCUUAAUAUAAACUAUCUUGUCGGAACAGCUUUCAGGAUAUUGAGUUUGAAUUUUUUUAUAUAAGAACCUAAUGACUACAAUCCAGAGGUUUUUACAAUGGAGUAAGAGUUUCUCGGAGGUACGAAAAGUCAGUACAUAUCGAGAUAACAAUACUUUUCUCAAUAUAGUAUUUUAAAUAAAAGCAAUAUCAAUUUGCAAUUGCUAUGUGCAAUAGAAAUGCAUAAAUAGUAUUGAAUUUGCAUAGUAACUAAUAUAAUUAUAAUAAAUAGGAUUUUGUUCCUGACAUCAAAAUUUUCUCCAAAAAUAUUUUUUUUUUUUUUGGAGACUGACCAAAUAUAAAAUGUUAUAGUUUUUAUUGGAUCUUGUAAGAUUUACAACAGUUCAAGGCUCACAAAGCUCCAAAUUCCAUCAUGUUCGAUGGUAUCUGAAGGAGGUGGGGCAUGGAAGUAUGAACAAUCAGGCUCUCUACAGUAAAACAUUGAGGGGUUAGCACAUAUGUGAUAACCCGCAAAAUGUGAAUGAAUAUGUCUGACAUACCCCAAAUCCUUCAUCUAAUAAUUCUUAUUAUCUCACGGGUGACCAACUAGAUGUUCACUGCAAUAAAUCUUGACACUUGAGUGUGGGUCUCAAAGCUUUUGUCUUAGAUUUAUGAAGAUUGUUGUUUGCGUUCUGAAGUAGAACUGGGGGUCAUAUGAAACAAAAAACAAGCACCGCAUCAACUAAUCACACUACUUGGUGACCCUAUAGUUAAUCAAAUAUUAACAAAUGCUAGUUGUUCCUAACUUUCCAAUUUCCUUUAGCAGCCAACCAUAGUACCUGUAGACAAUGUAGCAAUCAUAUUACAUAAAUAGACUGCCUCAAAUACAUAAUCACUUUUUUAUUAAUCUUUGUAGAACCUAUGAAUUGAAUGUGUUAAGGAUGUAGAGCACUCAAGCACCAAUUUACCACCAAGGGCUAUUUCAGAAUUUGUGCUACAGUCUUCUAUGAGUAUGCUAACAAAAGGACCAGUCAGAAAGUUCCAAUACAGACCAAACAAUGCCAACAGAGAAUAGCUUAAAGCUUUGACCAAACUUCUAGAGCCACACAUUUCAAUACCAUAUACUGUAUUUAAGUUUUGGUAUGAAUGAUUAUUGUAUAUGUUGAUAGAAGUCUCAGUUAUUUAUAACAGUUUAUUAUGUGUGGUGAGGAAUAUAUUUCACGAUUGUUAUGUUGGAGGAAAUAAAUCAAAACCAUGUUUUUCCUUGAGUGAAAAAGAGGAUAAACAUUGGUUAAGAUUAAUCAGAUUUCUUUAAUACCUGAAAAAGUCACCACAAGCCAGUACUUGCUUGACAAGGAGGAGGAUCACCUUAUACCCACUUCAUUUUCAUGUAUGAGGGGACCCUUCAACAAGUCAAUCUGUGGCUUGCAUACAGAUAAUCUUCCUAUGUGAGAAAAUUGCAUAUUUUUUAAACUAUGAAUAAUUUCUCUGAAAGCUUACUUUCCUACUCUUUAUCAUCUAGGAGAAUAGCCUUCUUGAAAUAUUUUAAUUUAAUUAAAUAUGAAGAUUUCCUCAAAUAUCAAAGAUUGCAAGCAAAUUAUUUUAAAUCCUCCAGUUAAUGAUUUAUCUGUUUAUUUAAGACGAAACCUUGAGUGGCCUCGGUACCAUGGGCUCAGCCGGUGCCAGGAAUGGGUUUGGUGGUUUUGAUGAGUUAUAUUAUAAACAUUUUGUUGUUGGUCAUCCGUGCCAUCAAUAUUUUACCCAAUGAUAACCUGCCUUUCACCGGUAUAAAUGUUCUUUUACAAAUAUUUCAUGCCAAUGAAAGGUUUCAUGUAACAGUUUUUUUUGGCCUCAAGUUCGGUUCACUUGCCGAAUUUCUGGAAAAUAGGUACAUGAUUACAAUGUGUAUGCAAAAUUUUCCAUUACAGUUCAUUGGGUGAAAUGGUGAUGAAAGACCACAUAACGUAUUAGAUGUUUAGGGGCAAAUACAUUCAUGUGUAAUAUAUUUCCCUAUCUGUAGACAAUCCUAAUAUAGAUGUAAAAGCUAUGUAUUAAGUGUGCCAAAAUGUUUAGUUGUCAGUUAAUAAUGUUACAAUGUGCCGAUUAUCUUGUAUACACCCUCGCUUUUUAGUCAGAGUUCACUGUACUUUACGUCACAAGUUCUCGGCGCCCAAGUGUAUGUUCCAUGUGGCAAUAUAAUGACUAUUUGUCUGUUUCAUGUAGUAUAUGUUCUAGACUACAAUAAUGAUUUUAAUAUUACUCCAAUCGUUACCUCAAGAUACUGGCAACAGGCUUGUGGUUGAUCCAUAACAGUAACUAAGGAUUGUUGGCAGGAUUUUUUCCAAUUUUUGGGUAUGACCGAAGUGGUUUAAGGUUAGGAGAUUUGUGAAUAUACAAGUUCACGGCCUUCUUCCCCAUGCGCUUAUAAUACAAGUUCAAAGGCCUGAAUUUUUAAAUAUCACUUAGUUAAUAUAAGACAAUGGUACUGGCAUUGUUUUAAUCCUUUUAAUUGCAAAAUAUUUGCAUUAUCUGUGUGGGCAGUUGCUCGUGUACUGAUUUUGAUGCAAGCACUUAAACUUGGUAAUGUUUAAGAAUUGGGGCCAAAGUCUUCAGCUCAUCCUGCUCAUGGAGACUCUUCUGCUUCCUGGGAGUUGAGCUUGGGUUGGUUUUCUGAGCUAAGACAAGUGAACUAUUCUAGUUUUCUUCAGGAUUUUAUGAAAGUUAACAGGGUUGACGCUUGACAGAUGGAACUGUGGCACUCUGCACAUAAUGGACAAACAUUCAACUGUAUUGUCAAGUUUUGUAUAGUAUAGUGACUGAUAUUUGUUGCACUGAGAAGGUUAUGCAAGAUCAUAAUAUAUAAUGCAAGGACCAUCACAACAAUACCACUGGAAAUUAAUAGACUCUCAAUUUUGUCUUGAAUGCCGUUGGUCAUGGAAGAAUUACUCUCCAGUCCUGCAUUCUCUUAGGCUGUGCCAGGACCAUGCUAUAUGCAUUGACUGUCCUGUUUGUGUUUGAUUGCCAAAGCAAUCUGCUGGUGACAAUAUAUCCAGCUAAACCAAAGGACAUUGGACAGUGAUGCUUAAAGACUUCCAACCCUUAUGUGGGACAUCAAGAAGCACAAAAAGAUGUCGAACAGUGGUUGGUAGUCCAAAUUAUAAUUGCCCUAUAUAUGUGGGUUAUCGAACUCAGUGAAUGCAUGGAUAAAAAGGAAUGCCUGUUUAUAAAAAAAGUGCAUUAGAAUACGACAUCAUAGUGGAUGAAUGGCAAAAACUUUGAGUAAAGAGUAUAAGAAAGGUUGAGCUAGACUCCGUUGUACAUCAGUGUUGUCGAGUCAUGUUGUCCCCCGUACAUACAAGUACAAUAUUCAACCAUUUCGUGCUA